UAGAGUAAAGAAAAAGAGGCGCACGGGGUAACGUGCGGGACAGAGCGCGAGACUGUGCGCGAGAGAGGAGGACGCGGGAGUGCGCGUGUGGAUGGUUGUAGAUGGUGUGGAUUCAGCAGACGGACAGGACAGCCCACCCAGACUCGCACAACUGCAGCUGAUGAUCAGAAAUGACCUGUGUUCAGAGUUAUAAUGGAGUCCAGUCCUAUGAGAGCAGCCUCUUCAAACCAGACUUUCUGAUCCCCGACUUCACCUCCAGGUUGGCCAUGGACAUGAGUGACCCGCAAGCGCAGUUUUCCCAGCCCCCCUCCCUGCCAGCCAUCACCUCUCUGGUUGGAGGCUACGGGAGUGAGUUUGAUUCCUACUCCUGCCAGAUCUCCACUCCUGCUGCCUCCACCUGCCCUGGUGCCUCUUCAGAACAGGACCCUUUUAAGGUGGACGACGUCCCGCUGUACAGCUGCUACCCCGGCACGUUUACCUUUAGCUAUAUGGAUGACGUGCUCACGUCCAGCGGCUCUAACUGUUUCGGCAGCCCAGCAUCAGCCCCGUCACCCUCAACACCUGGCUACCAGCCGGUGCCAGCCUGGGACGGAGUCUUCGGGCCUUGCUCUCCGGACCCAGGCUGCUGGGGCUCGGAGAAGACGCCUCUCCACCAGAACCCUUCUUUCUUCACGUUUGGGCCCGUAACAGGGGGUGACAUGUCUCCACUCGGGCAUCUGCAUUCUCAGCUCCCUGAUCAGGACCCAUUCUGUCACAGCCCCCAGAGCAGCUUCAGUCCCCUUGGGCUGGAUCACGGAAGCAAGGACGGCUCCAACUUGGUGGACAAUCAGGUGUCGCCCAAAGCCAAGAGCCCAACUGGAAAUGAAGGGUGCUGCGCGGUGUGUGGGGACAACGCCUCCUGCCAGCACUAUGGUGUUCGUACAUGUGAAGGCUGUAAAGGCUUCUUUAAGCGCACGGUUCAGAAAAACGCCAAAUACGUGUGUCUGGCCAACAAAGACUGCCCAGUGGACAAACGACGGCGGAACAGAUGCCAGUUCUGCCGGUUUCAGAAGUGCCUGGCAGUAGGAAUGGUGAAGGAAGUUGUAAGAACAGACAGUCUGAAGGGCAGAAGGGGUCGUCUUCCCUCCAAACCAAAACCACUCCAAGAAUCAGCACCUGCUGCCGCUCCCGUGAACAUCGUCACCUCUCUUGUGACGGCUCACAUGGACUCAGACCCAGCCCUGGAUAAACUGGACUAUUCUAAGUAUCAGGAAACAGUGGCUAGUCUGUCUGAGAAGGAGAAUGCUAACGACAUCCAGCAGUUCUACGACCUGCUGACGGGCUCUAUGACGGUGAUCAGAAAGUGGGCGGAGAGUAUCCCAGGAUUCAAUGCCUUCUGUAAGGAGGACCAAGACCUGCUCUUGGAAUCAGCCUUCGUCGAGCUCUUCAUAUUACGGCUCGCUUACAGAUCAAACCCAGAGACAGAUGAGCUGAUCUUCUGUAACGGGGUGGUUCUUCACCGCAUGCAGUGUGUGCGGGGAUUCGGUGACUGGAUUGAUUCCAUCAUGGAAUUCUCCCAGAAUUUGCAUCGCAUGAACCUCGAUGUGGCUUCAUUCUCCUGUCUCGCCACGCUGGUCAUCAUUACAGAUCGCCACGGCCUGAAAGAACCCAAGCGAGUGGAGGACUUCCAGAACAGUCUAAUCCCGUGCCUCAAAGACCAUGUCGCUGCAAGUGCCUCGGAAGCGGCUCGGCCAAACUACCUGUCUCGUCUGCUGGGAAAACUGCCUGAGCUCAGAACACUGUGCACUCAGGGCCUUCAGCGCAUCUUCUACCUUAAACUGGAAGACCUCGUCCCACCUCCUCCAAUCGUAGACAAGAUCUUCAUGGAUAUCUUGCCUUUCUAAAAGUGGCUGGGAUGUUACAAACCGAGACAGCUGAAAGUCUUGGUCUCAAUGUGAAGCACAGUGAGCAAUAGUUUGGGAGCAUUUGGAGGCUUUUUGUUGAAGAAUGGAGAUGUCUGCUAUUGUUUUCUGCUAUUUUUUUGGAAUUAAUUUUUAAUGGACGAUGGUGGUACACCACUGCUUGAACUCGUAACGAGUGAAAUGACCUUCUUGGAGACGUCUGGAAGGUCUUACAGCAGCAGCAGCAGCAGCAUUGAAAAUGCUCCUAUAUUGCAAACUUCUGGACAUUUACGUUUACACACUGUAAACCAUCCAUAGCAUUUUUGUGGUGUCCGAGCAGCUUAUGCAGAAGACGAAUCAUAAUCUUCAUCAUAUCUUUACGCUUAAACAGUAUUACAGCUUUGUCUAUUCCAGGUACGUGGUAUUACACGUUUCUGACGUCCAGAGACAGAAAACCGACGGUGCUUAAAAACACAAAAACACACCCGUGGCUUAUUAGACGUUGUAAAGAGGCUAUGGACCAAAAUGGACAUUGUUUACUUGGAUGUGCAUAAUUACGAAAAACAAAGCCUUAACUAUACUUAAAUCACACCAAUGCCUCAGAGAUUAAUACCUGCUAAAAUGACUUAUUCAAAAUGCAGUAUUGCACUCGCCUGCUGAAGAGAAAAAAAAAAGCAGAGACUCGUCACUGAAGAUGACCUAGUGACAUUCACUCCAUGACAAUCUGGCAUGACUACCCACCAAGUUUCAUUCAUGUCCUUCUUAUUUACCACAGAACAUGCUACAAAACCCACUUCUGCCAUUAAAAAUUCAGGUUAGCCCUACAGUGCCAAAAAUAUGGGCUCUAUUAAAAAUUGGCGUUCUCUUUUCAAUGCACCUUUUAGAUAUCUGUAAAAAUAAAAAAAUAAAAAUUUUGUAACAGGUUUUGAGGUUUUGAUCGUGCCUAUACUGUACAUUUCCAUCAAAUAGCUUCUGAGGGCAUCUGGUGAACGUUUGACAGCGCAGCUACUUUACAGGCCCCCGAGUGCAGCUUCUCACAAGCAUCUUACACGAAGUCUCUGAGUAUUAUCUCUGACUGAUAUUUGUCUGAAUUUGUUUAACGUGCCAGACUUUAGAGUAUACACAUUUGUUUGUACUGUAUGUAUAGAGAUGGAUUUAUAUAUUCUAUAUAUUUUGUCUUCAUAAGAAGAAAAAGAGGAAGAAGAAUAAGAAAAAGAAGAAGAAGGGUUAAAGCUUUGGGCAUUAUGGUGUUUUUGAUAUUUUUGAUAUUCUUAGAUAUUGUUAAAUUACCAAUGAUCUUUGAGUGCCAAUGUUCUUCAGCAUUAUACAAAUAAUCAGAUCAGAUUCAUGUUUUUGGUCUUUUAUUACACCCUGCACACAAAAUGAAGAGUAAAUUAGAAAACAUGUGUAUGUGGUAAUUUGUUCUCUGAGAUAUGACCAGAGGUGUGCCGGCAGCUCUGCUCAAAGAUUUCUAAUAAAAAUUAAAGUAAAACCCAAA